AUGGCCAUAGGCGUGGCUCUCCUCGCCUUCAUCGUCUUCUGUGCAUGGCGGUUGUACACGGCUAUCAAGCUCAAGAACAAGCUUCCUGAGGGCGCGAAGCCUCUCCCCGGACCCAAGGGUCUGCCCCUGAUCGGACGUGUCCAUGAUGUGCCCGCCGAGGCAGCUUGGCUCAAGUUCUACGAGUGGAGCAAGGAGUAUGGCCCCAUCUACCAGCAAGAGAUGUUCGGCUCGGUCCACGUUUGGAUCUCCUCCGAGCAGGUCGCCCACGACCUCCUCGGCCGCCGCAAUGUCAUCUACUCUGACCGGCCCAUGAUUCCCAACCUUCCGGACAACCGAACCAGCGGUGACUACCUUGCCCUCCUCGGCCGCACAGAAACAUGGAAGCGCCAGCGCAAGCUUUGCCACCACCUCAUGAACCAGAGUGACAAGCAGGACCUCCACGAGUACCCGACCCGCGAGCGCGAUCGUUUCUUGUGGCUCCUGUACCAGAAGCCCAGUGAGUACCGCGAGUACAUCGAGCAGUUCACCAGCCGUACUGUCAGCCGUCUGUCCUGGGGCACUGCCCAUCCCGCCCGUAUCCUUCGCAAGACCACCUUUGGCCUGCUCGAGACCAUCUCGCCUGCCGGUGCUCUCCCUAAUGUCAUUUCUUUCCUCAUGCACGUCCCGGCAGUCCUGUCCCCGUGGAAGAAGAAGGAGAAGGAACGCCACGAACUCGAGACGAAACAGUUCACCAGCAACGUCGACUUCGUCAAGGAUCAGGUCGAGAAGGGCACCGCGGCACCCAGCUUCAUCAGCACCUUCAUAAACGAGGGCCUUGGAAACGAAAAGGGCAAAUGGGGUGACCUCAAGGAGGCCCAGAACGUCGUGGGCCUCAUGGCUAUCGCCGGCGCUUUGACCAUCGGCAGCCCUAUCCAGAGUUUCCUCCUCGCCAUGCUGCACUACCCCGAGUGGCAAUCUAAGCUGCAAAAGGAGAUUGACGAGGUCUGCGGAGGCAGCUGCCCGCAGUGGGCGGAUCGUGAGAAGCUUCCCAUGUUGAGAGCUGUCGUCAAGGAGGUCAUCCGUUGGAGACCCCCUGUCCCUACUGGCAUCCCCCACGCUGUCGAAAAGGACGACGUCUACAACGGCUACUUCAUCCCUGCUGGCGCCACCAUCCACGCUCUUGAGUGGGGCAUCACCCGUGAUGAGUCUAUCUACCCUGAUCCUGAGUCUUUCAACCCCGACCGCUGGCUGCAACCCGAGUACCCGACCUACAAGGAGCCGCUCACGCGCUUCCCUACUCUCGACGGCUUCAGCCAGUUCGGUUUCGGUCGCAGAACAUGCCAGGGCAUUCCCAUCGUCGACCAGGACCUCUUCUUGACCAUGGGCGGCAUGGCCUGGGCCUUCAACAUCCAGCGCAAGCGCAACGCCGACGGCACCGAGGUGCCCGUCCACUGGAACGACUACACCCCUCUGCUGAUCGCCAAGCCGGCGGCCUUCGAGUUCGACGUCAUCGUCCGCACGCCCGAGAAGGCCGACCUGUUGCGGUCCAUGUUCGAAGCCGCCAAGGAGGAGGAGGAGCACGAGGAGAUGAUGAUGAAGAUGGGCAUGCCCGACGUCGACAUGCGCGACACCAAGAAGAGCAACGCGCCCAUGUCGACCAAACCGCCGUCCCUGACGAUGAACCUCCGCCAGCGAAAGGAGGAGGGCAGCCGCGAGAAGCAGUACCGUGAGCACGAGCGCGACAUCCCCGGGUGCCCUGGCCGGUGGGCGACGGAGAGCGACAUCGACUCGAGCAACGAGAAGGGCUACGUCGACGAGGACAGCUGCUCUGGACGCUCAUCGCCGACGAUGCUGCCGUAA